UUGAUGACGUUUUGCGUUGAUGCAAUUUUCUUUAUACACAAUCAUUGCGACUGUUUUCACAAAUAAAAUUAAGUAAUUAUUUAAAAACUUAGAAAAUGGCUUCGAGCGGUGCUGAAGUGGAAACAGAUAAUGACGCUGCCAUUAGACCGUCUGGUGGGAAUAAAAUUCAUUUUACAAAAGACGUAAAGUCCGCAAUUGAUAAGGUAUUAAAAACUGACGACCCCAUGGACUCGCCAGACUUCAACACUGUCGAUUACAUUAAUCAACUCUUUCCGAACGAACAAUCUUUGGUGAGCAUUGAUGAGACUAUUCAGCGCAUGCAAUGCGAGGUGUCACUAAUUGAUGAUAAUAUCCGCGCUGUGGUACGUGGACAGACAAAUACGGGUCAAGAUGGACAAAUGGCCCUAACGGAAGCACGAAAGGUUAUAUCAGCAUUGUAUGUGCAUAUUAUAGAUGUGAAAACGCGUGCCGAGAAAACGGAGGAAAUGGUAAAGGAGAUUACACGCGAUAUCAAGCAAUUGGACUGCGCAAAACGAAAUCUCACUUCGGCAAUAACUACACUAAACCAUCUCCAUAUGCUAGUAGGCGGAAUUGAAAGUUUAAAUAAAUUGAUUGAAAAGCGUUUAUAUGGUGAGAUACUUAAUCCAUUGCAAGCAAUUACCGAAGUAAACCAACAUUUUAAGCAAUAUUCUGAUAUUGAAGAAAUAAAGAAUCUCUCCCAAAAUGUCGAUAAGAUCCAAGUAACAUUGGCCAAACAAAUUACGGACGAUUUUAAAGAUGCAUUUUCGCCCAAAUCAAGUUCGGCAGCAAAUGCUGGAAACAAGCAACGUUUGGGUUUAAAUCAGUUGACAGACGCAUGUAAAGUGAUUUCUGUGUUAGAUCCGAAGGUCAAAAAGGAGCUAUUAAAGUGGUUUAUUGCUCAACAACUGGAAGAAUACUUGCAACUGUUUCACGAAAACCAAGAUAUAGCCUGGUUAGACAAAAUCGAUAAGCGUUAUGCGUGGCUUAAGCGGCACCUACUCGACUUUGAGGAUAAAUUCGGCGCAGUCUUCCCGCUUGAUUGGGAAGUAUCUGAACGCAUUACCGUCGAGUUUUGCCGUCUCACACACGAGCAACUCACUCAAAUCAUGGCAAAGCGCAGCAAUGAAAUAGAUGUACGUCUUUUGCUCUUUGCCAUCAAUAAAACACAAGCUUUUGAGCAGUUGCUUUCCAAACGCUUCACUGGUAUCACAUUGGGCGCUGAAAAGCUAAUUACACCAGCAGCUCUUAAGGUAUUACCUGAAAGUGGUGUUGGCGAUCCUAACGCGCCGCCUACAAUUGGUUUAUUUCACGAUCAGAUUGGUAGUUGCUUCAAAUCACAUCUGGGUAUUUAUAUUAAAAGUAUUGACCGUAAUUUAUCGGAGUUAAUGGAAAAAUUUGUCGAAAUGGCCAAGGAGCCGCUCAAAGUGUCUGAGUCAAAAACCACUGUAUAUCCAAGUUCAGCAGACUUAUUUGUAUUCUACAAGAAGUGUAUGGUGCAAUGCAACCAGCUAAGCAAUGAGCAGCCUAUGUAUGAAUUAGCCUUGGUGUUCAAAAAAUAUCUACGCGAGUAUGCAAGCAAGGUAUUAGAGUUCAGUAUGCCGAAAUUGAUGACUACAACUGCGUCAAUUGGCAAAAGCAUGUCUUUACUUACCCGUGAUAUGCAGAAUCUCUCCACAGCAGCCGGUCAAGUAUUCCACAACUUUUUAAAGGAGGGAGAGACGCAACGUUUCACACGCGAAGAUCUAAUACAAAUUUGUUGUGUCUUAACCACCGCCGAAUACUGUUUGGAGACUGUACAGCAAUUAGAGGAUAAACUAAAGGAGAAAGUAUCCGCAGCCUAUGUAAACAAAAUUGAUAUGUCAGAAGAAAAGGAUGUGUUUCAUCGCAUUAUCUCGAACAGCAUACAAUUGCUUGUACAGGAUUUAGAAGCAGGCUGUGAACCGUCUCUUCAAUCCAUGGCCAAAGUGCAGUGGCAGAGUAUUAGCAACGUCGGUGAUCAAAGCUCCUUCAUCAGCAGUAUGUGCGCGAAUUUCAAGCAUACCGUUCCCGUUAUUCGAGACAAUCUGGCCACCUCACGAAAAUAUUUUACACAAUUUUGCCAUAAAUUUGUCAAUGCAUUCAUUCCAAAAUUCAUUAACGUUCUAUACAAAUGUAAGCUGACGCAUUCCGAUGGCUCCAACAAUGUGUUAGGUUGUGAGCAACUUUUGCUCGAUACGCACAGCCUAAAAACGGCACUGCUAGACAUGCCCUCAAUUGGUUCGAGUGUGAAUCGCAAGGCCCCCACCAGCUACACCAAAGUUGUCGUGAAGGAUAUGACACGUGCCGAAAUGAUCAUUAAAGUGGUAAUGACUCCCGUACAACCGCCAUCGCAUUUCACUCAACAAGUACUUAAACUGCUGCCGGACAUCACUAUUGCUGAGUAUCAAAAAAUUCUGGAUAUGAAGGCCGUGAAGCGUGUGGAUCAAUUACAAUUGAUUGACCUAUUUAAACACACUGCUUCACAUGUAUCUGUAGUUGGAGGUGAUGCGCCGGAGGCAUCGCCAACGACUGAAGAUAGUGGCUUAUCGGCACAGGCGGAAUUGAAUGCAAACAUGAAUUCAGAUGCUAUUUCGGUGGUGUCAAAGGAAGCCAUUGACAGUGGCGAUACUAAUACAGCGGCACAAUCUACAGCUACAGCCGGCACCACGUCCACGCCUAAACGUGCUUUUAUUUUUAGUGUUGGUAGUUUUACUGGUGGCACAGAGAAGACCGCAGAUGGCUCAUCCAAUGGUGGUGGAGAUCGUGGGCGCAUACGCAAACUGGAGAGCUUGCUGAAGAAGCGUUUACCGUAAGGCGAUAGUGCAUACACGAAAAAAUUGAAUGUCUCGGGAUUUUAAGUUUUAAAUUGUUUGUUUAUCCAUUUCACUUCAUUUUGGGUGAGUAUUACAUUCCAUUUUUGAUUUUUGAAUUUUAUCUGUUUUGAAUCUGUAUGUACGCAUAUGCACUUGAUAUAUUCUGCAAUAUUGAAAAAAUAAAAAUAUUUAUGCAGUACAUAUGUA